AUGUCUGCGGCGGUUCUAUCUCCUCCGCCGCGUGCACAAUCGGAAUCUUCUUCCUCUUCUCGGACUCGUGCGGCGGCGCGAAGUCCUCAGCAUGCAGAGCAGCGGUCUCAUUCUCAGUCUUCAAAUCUUCGUCUAGGGUUUCCAGAUCCGGCGGCUGUGCCACCUCCGCAUCCAUCUCUUCAGCCUCCGGCUCCGACCUCGGCUCCGGAAGGUUCAACGUCGCAAAGGAUAAUAGGAUUUUUGUGA